AUGUUUAAAAUUGAAGACGUGUUGUUUGGGUGUUUAAUAGCACUAAUAACAAUUUUCAUAACAUUUCGAUUUCAACGAAGGAGACUUUACAAGUUUGCAUCGAAGCUUCCAGGACCUAAGGAGUGGCCAAUCUUUGGGAUUCUCCCAAAUUUUAUGGAUGUUUUCAAGACAUUAAAUAAUGUAGCAAAUCAAUAUGAUGAAUCAUUCAAGACUUGGGCUGGUCCGAUUUUGAUUUACGUCAUUCGUGAUCCUGAUGACCUGGGAAUAGUUUUGAAAAAAGUCAGCGAGAAGCAUGAACUUUAUAGCAAGGUUGGAUUUCCACAAGGACUAUUCACGUUGAAUGGCGAAAAGCAUAAAUUACAUCGUCGGUUAUUAAUGCCAGCUUUCAGUGUAAAAUCAUUUCAAUCGUACAUAUCAACAAUUAAUUACCAAUCUAAGAUUUUCGUUGAGAAAGUUAGGAGGGAAUUUUAUGGACUGGAAAUUGAAAUCUCUGAACAUGUUUUCGACUUCACUAUGAAAAAUCUUCUUCGAACAUUAUUUGGACUGAAAAGAAUUCCAAAUGCACUUGCUGCUCAAUAUCACAAAGAUUGCAUGAAGUAUCAAUUAAUAAUUUUAAACAAGAUGUUCGAAAUAAUAAAUCAGCGAAUGUGUAAGAUUUGGUUGACGAUUGAUCCAAUCUUUAGGCUCUCAAACCUUUAUCAGAAAGCAGCUAAACAUAGAUUUGACAGACCAAAUACUCUCUCUGAUUAUCUAAUGAAGGAUAACGAGAAAAAUUAUUUGAAAUCACACAAAACAGGAAAAUGUGAAACAAUUGUUGACAUGAUGUACAAAAAUCGAGAAUUCGAAGAAUACGAUGACAUUAAGAGUGAAAUUGAUAGCAUAAUAAUAGCAGUUGAGUUAUCUUCACGUGGAUAUGAUACGACAGCUGUCAUGCUUUCAAACAUUCUUCUGAUGCUUGCAAUUCACCAAGAUGUUCAGAAAAAAGUCAUCUCAGAAAUGAAGGAAGCUUUUCCAUCGAAUCAAGACGAAAUGGAUAUCGAAGCCUUGGGAAAGUUGAGUUAUCUUGAAAUGGUGAUAAACGAGUGCAUGAGAUUGUUUCCUUUUCCACCAAUGAAUGUUUUGGCACCAACGAAUGAUUUAAAACUUACAAAAUGUGUUGUACCAAAAGGAACUGCAAUCAUGUUUCAACCUCUUUAUUUUCAAACUUCAGAACGAUUCUGGGGGCCAGACGCUAAAAUGUUUCGCCCUGAAAGAUUUACGCCCGAAAAUUAUUCAAAAGUCCACCCUUCAGUUUUCAUUCCUUUUUUGAGCGGCCCUAGAAAGUGUCUUGGAUACAAAUAUGCGUGGAUGGUAAUGAAAAUCUUUUUAUGUCACGUUUUGCGUAAUUUUCAUUUAUCCACAAGUAUGAAGUUUGAAGACAUUUACUUGGAAGCUGAAUUCAUUCUCAAAUUAAAACCAGGAUGGUUUGUCAAAUUUGACGAUAGGACAGAUUAUUAA